UCGGUCCUCACCAAGAUGGCGGCGGCGCUGAGGGACUGAGGGGAGUCAGGAGUGGCCCGUCCUCACUCACUCACCCUUCCUCUAUCCGUCUAUAUGUGUCUCCGGGAGACGGGAGCCGACACCAUGACCGAUGACAGCGUUGAGGAGGAGCGCUCGAAGAUGGAGGCGGGCCGCAGUUGUGCAGCGACAGCCAGGAAUCUGGCCUUCCUGAAAGCUCGCUCAAUGGACGUGACCUUCGACGUGGGCGAUGAUUACGAGAUCAUAGAGACCAUUGGCACUGGGGCAUACGGAGUGGUAUCCUCAGCCCGGCACAGGCACACAGGUCAGCAAGUAGCAAUCAAGAAGAUCCCGAAUGCCUUUGAUGUGGUGACCAAUGCUAAAAGGACACUGCGCGAGCUCAAAAUCCUUAAACACUUCAAACACGACAACAUCAUCGCCAUCAAAGACAUCCUGAAACCCCCGGGCUCCUAUGCUGACUUCAAAUCCGUCUACGUGGUGCUGGACCUGAUGGAGAGCGACCUACACCAGAUCAUCCACUCCUCGCAGCCGCUGAGCGUGGAGCACGCCCGCUACUUCCUGUACCAGCUGCUGCGGGGCCUGAAGUACGUGCACUCGGCCAACGUGGUGCACCGCGACCUGAAGCCCGGCAACCUGCUGGUCAACGAGAACUGCGAGCUGAAGAUCGGGGACUUUGGCAUGGCCCGAGGCCUGGGCGCGGGGCCCGGGCAGGCCCAGGCCUUCCUCACCGAGUACGUGGCCACCCGCUGGUACCGGGCGCCCGAGCUGAUGCUCUCGCUGGCCGGCUACGGCAGCGCCAUCGACCUGUGGUCGGCCGGCUGCAUCCUGGCCGAGAUGCUGGGCCGGCGGCAGCUCUUCCCGGGCAAGAACUACCUGCACCAGCUGCAGCUGAUCCUGACGGUGCUGGGCACGCCCCCCGAGCGCCUGGUGGCCGCUGUCGGCUCUGAGCGGGUGCGCGCCUACCUCCAGGGGCUGCCCGCCCGCCGGCCGGUGCCCCUCUCCUCCCUCUACCCGGGCCAGGACCCCCAGGCGCUGGAGCUGCUGGGCCGGCUCCUGAGCUUCGACCCCCAGCGGCGCCCGUCAGCCCACCAGGCCCUGCGCCACCCCUUCCUGGCCAAGUACCACGACCCCGCCGACGAGCCGGCCUGCUGGCCCCCCUUCGACUUCUCCUUCGAGCGGCCCGACCCGGCCGCCCCCCUGGGCCGCGAGCAGCUGAAGGAGGCCAUCGCCCGGGAGAUCGAGGACUUCCACCGGCGCCGGGAGGGCAUCCGCCGGGGCAUCAGCCGGCCCCAGCCGCCGGCCCGCCAGCCCGGGGACGUGGACAUGGCCGCCCCUGAGCCCCGGCGCCUGGAGCCCGACGCCGGGAGGCAGCGGGAGGAGGAGGAGGACGAGGACGAGGAGGAGCAGCAGCAGAACGAGGAGGAGGACGGGGCGCCGCCGCCCCCCAGCACCGCCACCGGCACCGGCGGCGACGCCAAGCGGGAGGGCGCCAUCUCUGCCGACACCAAGGCUGCCCUCAAAGCCGCCCUCAUCAAGUCAGCGCUGAGGCAGAAACACAAAGAGACAGCAGUCUGCAGUCAGGAGCACCCGGAGUCCCGGAGGCCAGUCACGGCCCAGGAGCGGCAGCGGGAGCGGGAGGAGAAGCGGCGGAAACGCCAGGAGCGGGCCAAGCAGAGGGAGCGCAAGCAGCGGGAGCGGGAGCGCAAGGAGCUGAAGGAGGGCGACGUCCUGGGGGGCGUGGUGCUGAGCCAGGGCGACAAGAGCCUGCUGCAGCGUUGGAUGAGGAUGACCGAGGGCAGGCAGCGGCCCGAGGCCGGGGAGGCGGCAACAGCCCCCACCCUCAAUGGGGGCCCGGAAGGCCCGGCGGCGGGGGCCAAGCCAGGCCCAGGCCUCGGGCCUACCCCAGGCCUCGGCCCAACCCCAAGCCUCAGGCCGAACGUGGCUCUCGGGCCUCCUCCAGAACUCGGGCCGAGUGUGGGUCUUGGGCCUACUCCAGAACUCGGUACUAACGUGGCUCUCGGGCCUACUGCAGAGCUCAGGCCGAACGUGGGUCUUGGGCCGACCACAGACCUCGGGCCUACCCCUGAGCUCGGGCCUAGUGUGGGCCUUGGGCCUAGUGUGGGCUUCGGCCCACCUCCGAGCCUUGGGCCUAGUGUAGGCUUCGGGACUGCUCCAGGCCUCGAGCCCAGCCUAGGCCCUGGCCCCGGCCCAUCUCUGGCCUUUGGCACCGCCCCAGGCCUGGGGUUCAGGCCCAGCCUAGGUCCAGGCCCCAGCCUGGGUUACGAACAGGCCCCUGUCCUGCGGCCAGGUGGGGGGGCAUCUGACGGGCCCAGCGUAGGCCUGGAGCCUGGCCCAGCCUUCCCCAGGCCCGGUCAGGCCUGGGGCGGCGACCAACAGCGACCCCCAGCCCUCCUGUACCCCCCGGGGCUGUGUGAGGUUCCCUGGGGCCGGGGAAACGAGACACUACAGGCCCAGCCCAGCCAGCCUCAGGCCGCUGGGUUUGGGGAGCUUGGUUUGCGUGAGGUUGCCCCCCAGCCUCCGGCAGCUUACCCCCGGGAGGAGCAGCAGCAGGCCCCUUGCCCAGGCCCACAGCAGCCUCUCGCCCUCCCUCCCGCGAACACCGAGUCUCCCGACAUCAACACCGUGACCCAGCAACUUUCCAAAUCACAGGUGAAGGAUUUGCUGCCACCUGGAUUCUCGGUGACACCGAAGGGGAGUGGAGCAGGUUACGGGCUCGGCUUCGAUCUGGAAGAGUUCCUCAAUCAGUCCUUCGACAUGCAGGGUGACACUCACGACAGCCAGGGUGACUCAGCCCCGUUAUCAGCCUCUCUGUUAGCUGACUGGUUGGAGGUACACAGGAUGAACCCGGCAGAUAUGGAGUCGCUGCAGCAGGAGCUCCAGCUUGGCUCGCCCAUGAUUCUCUCGGACGUACCGGACCUUUAGUUGGAAUGGGUGUGUAACCAGAUGCAAUCCGAGAGCCAGGACAUUGACUGUCUCAUGGACUGGAGAGAGCGCAGAGUGAGGACAGUUCACCCUGGUGCCCGAGGGCUACAGUAACUCCAGGGAGAAGGAGAGACUGUUUAACCUUCGAUGUUCUGAUUGGAGGCUAUGAAUCCAAACCACCACCACCAUCACAUUUCCAGCAAUGUCAGUCUUGAGGUAAUGCUACUGUAUUGGGGGGAGUCAGCGCCGGGGGAAGCCCUGCACUGUGGGAGGGUCAGUGCCGAGGGAGUCCCGCGCUGUGGGAGGGUCAGCGCCGAGAGAGCCCCGCACUGUGGGAGGGUCAGUGCCGAGGGAGCCCCGCACUGUGGGAGGGUCAGUGCCGAGGGUGUCCCGCACUGUGGGAGGGUCAGCGCCGAGGGAGCCCCGCACUGUGGGAGGGUCAGUGCCGAGGGAGCCCCGCACUGUGGGAGGGUCAGUGCCGAGGGUGUCCCGCACUGUGGGAGGGUCAGCGCCGAGGGAGCCCCGCACUGUGGGAGGGUCAGUGCCGAGGGAGCCCCGCACUGUGGGAGGGUCAGUGCCGAGGGUGUCCCGCACUGUGGGAGGGUCAGCGCCGAGGGAGCCCCGCACUGUGGGAGGGUCAGUGCCGAGGGAGCCCCGCACUGUCAGAGGUUCAUUACUAGUUUUCCUGAGUGGGAUGGUGGGGGGAGGUGUUCUCUGGUGGGACUAGAGAGUUCUCCUGGGUUCCAUGUGUGCGCGCGCGAGGGAUAAAACAUUGCCCUCCCCAGGCAUGUGUUCAGCGGCGACAAUACAUAAGGCAAAGCUACUCGCUCUGAUCCUUUACACUACAGUCACAUCUCCAGUUCAGAGCCAGCACUGAGUGACAGUUUGAUAUGAUAUCAAUAAAAUGAAACACAUUACACAA